UCUGCGCAACAGUUGUAUUCAAACAUGGCGCUCGUAAGGUCUCUUGCAAGCGCUCGAGGCAAGGGGGUCUUUUCAGCGAUUUGCCGCAAUGCCUUUAGCACAACCCCGAGGGCCUCGGCAACGAUGACUGUCAGAGAUGCCCUAAACUCUGCCAUGGAGGAGGAGAUUAAAAGGGAUGAUAGAGUUUUCUUGUUGGGUGAAGAAGUGGCCAUGUAUGAUGGUGCUUACAAGGUAAGCAGAGGAUUGUGGAAAAAAUUUGGCGAUAAGAGAAUAAUAGACACUCCCAUCACUGAGAUGGGCUUUGCUGGUAUUGCUGUGGGGGCAGCUAUGGCUGGCCUUAGACCUAUCUGUGAGUUCAUGACUUUUAAUUUUGCAAUGCAAGCUAUUGAUCAGGUGAUAAAUUCGGCAGCCAAAACAUUCUACAUGUCUGCUGGGCAGGUCCCAGUCCCUGUAGUUUUCAGAGGUCCAAAUGGUGCAGCUGCAGGAGUGGCUGCUCAGCAUUCACAGUGUUAUGCUGCUUGGUAUGGUCACUGUCCUGGCCUGAAGGUGGUAUCCCCUUAUUCAGCUGAAGAUGCUAAAGGUUUGCUGAAGUCAGCCAUCAGAGAUAAUGAUCCAGUGGUGGUGCUUGAAAAUGAAGUCAUGUACGGUGUGCAGUUUGAUAUGCCAGAGGAAGCAUUAGACCCUGAGUUUGUAAUUCCCUUUGGAAAAGCUAAAAUAGAAAGAACAGGAAGUCAUAUAACCAUCGUAGCUCACUCAAGGUCUGUUCAGAUUUCUCUGGAGGCUGCGAAACAGCUUGAGGCAGAAAAUAUUGACUGCGAGGUGAUAAAUUUGCGGAGCAUCCGCCCUAUGGACAUGGAAUGUAUUACAAAUUCUCUCAAGAAAACCAAUCAUUUGAUUACAGUGGAGGGUGGCUGGCCUCAGUUUGGUGUUGGGGCAGAAAUUGCUGCUACUAUCACAGAAAGCGAGGCAUUUGACUAUCUGGAUGGACCCAUCUACCGAGUUACUGGGGCAGACAUUCCUAUGCCGUAUGCUCAUCUCUUAGAAUCAAACACCAUUCCUCAGGUUCAAAACGUCGUCCUUACCGUGAAGAAAUCUCUCAAUCUAGCUUAAAAAUAUAAAAUGAAACUACAAUACUACAGUACUUCAUAUUUUACUGACUGCUAAGAACAGAAUCGUAUUAUCUUGAAUUUUCAAAUCCUAGCUAUAAAUAUUCAAUAGCAUUAAUGCAAUAGGUAAUGUUUUCAUGACCUUUGUUUUACUUAUUGGUACCUAUGUGCAGGUGGUACCUGAAACUUUUACCAUUCUUGAUGAAUCGAUUUUUAUUUUUUUUCAAUUGAGUAUUAUAAGACACUAAAAUGUAGGUUACUGUAAGCCUCGUUUAUAGGGAUUGAAAAACCUGAAGGAUAACGGUCAUGUUAUUGAAUAAUUAAUGAUCAAUCAGUGUGUUCGUUACACAUUGGGGAUCGGAGAAUUCUCCGGCCACUAUGAGGAGCUCUUCGUCUCAAUUUCGACAAUCGGAGAUUGUUUUGUUUUGGUUUUUUUUUGCAGACGUGGAGAAUUUUCUCCUGUUACUUUGGAGCAAUUUUCAAUUGAGAGUCGAAAGUUUCUCGGGGCCGUUUUGGUUUUGCGUUACUCAGCUCUGUGAUUGGUCUAAAAGCUCGCGCCUUUUUCUCAACCAAUCAGAUUUAGAAACUGAAGCCGGUCGCGAAUUGGCCACCAGUGUUUUCCCGCGCUUUCAGCAGUUUACUUUUUUAAUUGUGAGUUCUCAUUUGGCGAUGAGGACAUAAACCUUCGUUCUUAUUGGUGGCUGGGGUUACUUUGGUUUUGUUUUUUGUGAACUCAAUUGAAAACUGCUCUAACAAAGGAUAUAUUUGUUACGGUGUCCACUUCCCGUGCAGGUUUAGUCUAAUCUUUGAUGAUAGUUUUUUUUUAUAUCUGAGAAACCAUGAAAAAAAAAUAUCGUGCAUGUUCUGACAAAAGGUAAAAUCUAACUACCACUGGCUGUCAGGUUACUUAUGUUGCUAAACAACAGACUUUAAGCUGCUUUGCAACACACGUUA